AUGGGCCUUGUACAAUAUGCCAUAUACGAUCGGACUCUGAAUCCAACAUGCAGAGCGUGUGACCAAGGGAUUUCGAGAUCGCCGGACGACAGCACAUAUUACGCCUCGCGAGUACAGACCCAGCUUUACCCAGGCUACCGCUCGAGGUCACGACGAGCCAACAGCUUGAGAAGCGCCUUGUCAGAAGGUUCGACACUGGUCGAUAUCAUUGAGAGCUCGAGCUCUUCCCGUGCCUACGCGAGGAGCGCUCGGCCAGCAUCGUCCAGGAUAAGCUACGAUGCCCCUAGGACAGUAUCUUCUAAGCCAGUUCUGAGUUCCAUAUAUUCGUCGGACACAGAAAAGCCGGAGUUUGGCUCAGGCCUACUUUCUCCAAAAUUAGAGAACGAGAGCUUCGACCUGAUCAAGGAAAAAGAGAAACUUUACAAGAGGCUCAGAAGGGCAGCGCGUUCGAAGAUAGAGUCGUUGAAGACGAAAAGCUCAAUGCGUCGAAAGACUUCAACUAGUCCUGUUGAUCGACAGCUACGAUUGAGCGAGAAACGGAAACAUAUUCGCCUUCUACGCUUGCAGCCUUGUGUCAAGGCGAGUGAUCCAAUCGUCUGUAAACUGGAACGAGUCUCCCUGCUUGGCUAUCAACACCCGUCCUACGACGCACUAUCCUACCGAUGGCAAGACGCUAGUCCACUGGUUAAGAUUGUCGUUGACGGUGUACAAACGUCUGUCUCGCCGACAGUGAUGGAAAUACUUCGGACACUUCGACGACCCGAUGAGUCUUGCCUCCUGUGGCUGGAUAGCUUGUGCAUCCGACAGCAAGAUACGAUUGAGAAAGAGAAGCAAAUCCGCCUGAUGCCAGACAUCUACCGCAAAUCGAAACGAGUGGUCGUGUGGUUGGGGGAGAACGUUGACGAAGUUCCUGGCGAUGUCAGCAGGUCACUACAGGCUAUUGACAUGAUCAACAGAGACAUACGUCGUGAGACGACACCCGAAGAGAGCAUGCAGGACAAGCUGUUCAAAGUCGAUGGAACUCGACAAGCAGCAGACAUGUCCAGUGAUGGCUACCGAUUGCUCUACGACGCGGUUCUCCCUUACUUCAACAGCGAAUGGUUCUCGAGGCGCUGGGUCGUCCAGGAGGUUGCUUUGGCUCCGAAAGGGGUCUGCUACCGCCGAGGCUUCCAGACUGAUCUUACGGAUGUCCUACGCGCUGCUGCAUGGUUUGUUUACAAGUAUAGAGACGAGGAUGUCCCGGAGCACCGAAACAUCAGACACGCCGCUACUAUCUUUCGAUAUGCCGAUCCAGAUUUCGCGUACUACCACAACAAGAAACACACCCUGACUCCUUGGGAUCAAUACCUGAAGCGGACGCCCGGCCAAGCUCGAUUCCGACAUCCUACGCUGUCUGUACUUCUCACCGAUUUGAGAGACCAAGACGCGUCCGAACCAAGGGAUAAGAUCUACGGUCUACUGAGUCUGACAGAAUGGACCUCCAAGGGCAAGAAAAUCCCCGAGUCGCUUCAACCAAAUUACAACAAGCCCGUGGCUGAGGUCUAUCGAGAAGCAACAAGAGAAGCUAUUCGCUCUGCUGGCAACCUUAAUGUGCUCGAGUGUGUCUCUCGACAUGAGGCGCUGCACCAAAAGCACUACAUGCGUGGGUAUGACAGAGACGAACUGCCUUGCUGGUGUCCACAAUGGGAUCGACCGUUCUCACAUGAUCGAGAUUCCUCUGGACUGGGUGCCCACUUCCGAGCAGAUGGUGGUCGGCCACUGCAGAUGGCGAAACCUGGCAGCAAUGCACUCCCAUCUGCUAUUCAACUUCAGGGAUUGUAUCUGGAUGAAGUUGUAAUCACCUCGACUGUCAUGCGGCCUGAUGUACUCUGCUGCCAGCCUGGGAUCCUACCGCAAGCUCAGGGACAUUUCUGGCCGACAGUAGUAGCCGAAAAGAGCGUGAGACAACGAUAUAUCAAGCAGGAAGGAGACGAGUCCUCACUCGCUGUGGCGCUCCUGAAAACGCUCGGCGCCGGCGCCGAGUUGCACGACACCGCCCAGGACGAAAGCCUCCUUGCCCCUGACAGCGAAGACUGGUCCUGGCCUCGGAAUCAACACGACAUCUUCAGUCGAAUGAACAAACCCGCCCUGGAGAAAGCCUGUCGCAACCGACGCUUCUUCGUCACGAAAAGCGGGUAUAUGGGUAUCGGGCCGAAGACAAUGAGGACUGGCAAUAAGCUCGUUCUGCUCUAUGGCGGCAAAUGGCCUUUCUUGCUGUUUCCUACGAUCGGCGACUACUACUACUUUGUUGGGCCUUGUUAUGUUCAUGGUAUUAUGCAUGGCGAGGCGUUGAAAGAGCAUGAGUCUGAGACGAAUCAGAGUCGGGUGUUUGAGAUUCGAUGA